AUGAGUAAAGGUGCACAAACAGUGGCUACGACCUUGCGCUGUCUAAUACCAGCACAGAAGGCUGCACCUACACCCCCAGUAGGUCCACUAUUGGGUGCUAGAGGUGUGAAAUCAAUGGACUUUUGUAAAGAAUUCAACGCUAAAACUGGACAUCUUAUCGCUGGUGUACCAACCCCUACCCAAAUCACUAUAAACCCAGAUAGAACAUUCUCAUUUACGAUACGCUCCCCACCAACGACGCACUUGCUUAAGAAAGUAGCCGGAGAUAUAGAGAAAGGCACUGGACAGCCUGGACACGAGACUAUAGCUACAAUAUCCGUGAAGCACAUCUAUGAAGUUGCAAGGAUAAAAUCUAUGGACAAGGAUUUAGAAGCCAAAGGGCUUGAGAAUGUAGCCAGGAGUGUUAUAUCUACAGCUAAGAAUAUGGGAAUUGAAGUCGUGUAUUAAAU